AUGCUGAUUACUUCUAAAGUUGAAAAAUUACAGUUUUCAAAAACUCUACUGAAAGAAGAUAUUCGAGCAUUUCGAGGACCAAGUGAAUGGACAAUAAUUAAAUGGGAUGGUACACCGUUACCGGAUUCAUUUGACUGGCGCGACUAUGGCGGAGUUACCGCAAUCAAAUCUCAAGAUAAUAAAUGUAACGGAUGUUGGGCAUUUGCUGCGGCGGCUGUAGUAGAAUCGUUGUAUAAGAUACAUCGUCAACAGACGAUCAGCAUUUCAGAGCAGGAACUGAUCGACUGUGAUAAAACCAAUGGCGGAUGCAAUAACGGCAGUACACGUCGUGCAUUGCUACGUGGAAAAUAUCAUGGUUAUUCAUAUUUUUCACAGUAUCCAACUGAUCCACGACCAUAUUCAGCCUGUCCGUAUAGUGGACAAAUUAAAGUUAAUCGACUUUAUGUUGUAAAUCCUGAUGCCAAUUCAAUUGCCUAUACAAUUAUGAGAUAUGGACCGGUGGCAUUACAUGUUACAAUACCAAAGCCAUAUAAAUAUUAUAAGCGUGGAAUAUUGACAAGUAGUUAUGAGUGCGAAUUUCAUCCAGCAAAUCAUGCUGUUGAAGCAGUUGGAUUUGGUGAAGAAAAUGGUGUCAAGUAUUGGAUUCUAAAAAAUAGUUGGGGUGAUUGGUGGGGCGAAGGCGGUUACUUUAGGAUGAUUAGAGGCGGAAAUGCUUGUCAUCUUGAAUCAUUUCCAACAACUGCCGGUAUUGGCUAA